CAGUUGCUGAGGAAUAUUUUGGCGCUGUUCUUGGUCGCCCUUUACCAGCUUAUCAAGACUAUAAUCCAAAUCUUACGCCAGGAGUUGACACAUUCUUUUCAACUGUCACAUUCCGAUACGGUCAUAGUGAAUUAAGUGAUUUUUACCAAAUCCGAGAUGAAUACGGAGACACCCUUUAUAAUUUAGCUUUAAGCGAUAUUAAGAAUCUCACCUUACUAGAGCAAUUUGGUCUUGAAAGAGUACUUUGGUCAAUGGUUCUUCAACGUCAAGAAGAAGUUGAUAUUUUUAUGUCUGAUUCGACUAAAAAAGUUAUUUCUUUUGAUAACUAUACUCUUGAUCUAGCAGCUUUUGACCUUUUACGUAGUAGAGAUCGUGCUCAGUCAUUUGCUGAUAUCUCCACAAACUCUAAUAUUCAAGAAAACUUGGCUAAAAUCUAUCCAAAUGGAGUUGAUUCAAUAGAGGCAUGGGUUGGUGUAAUGAGUGAAGAUCAUUUAAAUGGUUCAAACUUUGGCAAUGUUUUGAAUGCGAGUAUGGUAACACAGUAUGUUAACCUUAGAGAUUCUGAUAAAUUUUGGUUCGAGAGGCCUGAUAUGUUUAAUUCAGAUGAACAAAAAAUUAUAAGAAACACGACACUUCGAGAUAUUAUCAUUCGUAAUAUUAACAAAAAUGUAAAAUUUCCACAAAACAUUUGGGCUGUUCAACCUCGAAUGAUACUUAACAAUGACGAUGAUGAUAAAUAUCCAAAUAAAAUUAGUAUUUGGGCACAAUAUAUCAUAAGUCAUAGAGUCGAUUUAACUUAUGUGUAUUUUAAGGUUCAGCUUCAGACGUUUAAUGGCAAUGGAUGGUUUGGAAUGGGGUUUAGUCCUGAUGAUGAUGGAAUGAGAGGAGCGGAAUUUAUUAUUGGCACCGUCACUGAUGGAAAUGUAACAUUAGAGAAUUACCAUGCUGAUGUAGGUGGUUACCAUCCUCCCCUUCGUGAUUCUGAUCAAGAUCCCACUCUUGAACCAAGAUUUUCUAUGUCUGAUACUAAAGCCGUGACUGUAGAGUUUAGAAGACCUCUUAAUCCUCCAGGAAGAAAACCAAUUAUACAUGGUGAUAUGAAAUUAUCUUAUUUCCAAUAUCAAUUUUUAUUGUUCGGUACUGCAAGAAUUCAUCGGUAUCUUCAAGUGAUGGGUGGUAUUUCAGCUUCGGCAUUUUGUGCUGCUGUUAUGUCUACAGUGGUAAUAACACGAACGCCACAUGCCUGGGCUGGAUUGGUCAUAUAUACUUUAUCACUUACUGAAUUAGUUCUUGGUUUCAUUACUUUAUGGGGACAAGAGGCUGUAGUGUCAGUUAAUAAGCGAUUCAUCUGUGCUAAAAAUGAGGUUGUUGAACAAAAUAUUUUAAUGAAUCCUCAUAUUAAUCAUAAAGAAUAUGAUAAAUUACCCGAGUUUACUUGGGAAGAAAUUAAUGGGAGAGUUCAGUGUGGGGCGUACUUGGUCGUUUGCGAUGGGUUUGUUGUGGAUAUCUGUGAUUGGUAUCAUUCUCAUCCAGGAGGAAAUCAAGUAUUAUUAAAUGCUAUUGGAACAGAUAUUACAAAUGAUUUCUACAACACACACAAAGAGGCAAAAUUUGGUGAAGUAGAUUCUCUAGAAGAUUUAUUGAUUCAGAAGGUUGAGCCUUCUGGAGUUUCUUCAUCCAUGCUUACAACGUAUAUAAAUUAUCUUCGAGGAAAGCCAACGCUUCCGAAACCAUCCACAAUUGCUCGAUUUAUUGAUAAUAUGAAUAUAAAACACUAUUUCAAAGAACCACUAGCGCAACAUCCUCAUAGCAGAUUUGCCACGCAGAAAAUGGCAUCAAUGGUGAUAGGAAAAGUAAAUGAAAAAGAGCAAUUGACUCAAAAUAAUGAUGAUACUCUUUUUGCGAUUCAAGAAAAAAAUGAAAUUAGUUCAGGUUCAGUUGAAAUUAGUGAAAUAUUUACAAAUAUUUCAAUUAGUAUCAAAUUUCAUCUUUAUAAGCUUACAAGUAAAGAAAUGGUCAAUGCAAAUGCCAAUUAUCCUGUAAUGAAAUUUACAUUUUCCAAUGUACAUCAUGAUAAAGAUAUCAGCAAUCAAAAGUUCUUGCCUGGACAUUACGUUGAAUUACAAGCUAGAAUAAAAGGCCAAAUUGUGAUUAGGAGUUAUACCCCUGUAGAAGGAAGCCUAUCCAGGUCAUUUUCAAUCUAUGUUAAGAUUUAUCCAAAUGGACUCUUUUCACAGCAUUUGGUGAGAUAUGAAAUUCAAGUCCGUGGCCCAUUUAACGUUUGCGAUAGACUUAGACUAGAUUCUACGUCAGCAACGCUGUUAACUCCAGCAGAUUCUUCUAUUCUGAGAACAAGCCAUACGUCACCUACUAGAAUAUUUUCUCCGAUAGAGACUUCUUUAUUAAACCAAAACAGUUCUGAUGGUUGCUGGGACGAAUUAUAUAUGAUUGCUGGUGGUACUGGAAUAACGCCAAUGUUGCAGUCAAUGAAACGAAAUAGAGACUCCAAGCAAAAGAUUAGGUAUAAACGAAUGUAUUUAUUAUUUGGAAACCGUAAUAUUGAGGAUAUUAUUGAUGGUACAUUACUUGAAUAUCUGGAACUUUCAAGUAAAGGGCAACUUACUGUAACAUACUGUCUCUCAGAUCCACCAUCUGAUUGGACUGGUUUGCAAGGAAAAAUUGAUCAGCAAUUAUUACAAGAUUGGAUGAAUAUAAUACGAGGUGUCCUAUUACCAACUACUCAGCAGAAUGAAGUCAAGUCUCAGAUAACACCAGAUGAUAAUAAUUACGCAAGUAUUCGAAGUAAUUCUAUACGGUAUAACGUAAACGAACAGAAUCAGAGUUCUUCAUCAGAGAUCAGUACUUCGCCGCUUUUAUCGGACAUACAACAUUUCACGACAGAACCAAAAUCAAAACAAACAAACCUAUCAAAAUGGAGUAAUCUAGUACAAGGAAAAAUUAUUAUUUGUGGGCCAUAUAAUAUGAUAAACACUGUUGAAAAAUCUUUGUUUGAUAUGGGAUAUGAUGAACAAGAUAUGAUUAUAUUGUAUUAG